ACGCCGCCCUUUGCAUCGCUUCCACCACCGUCGACAUGAUUAUCCCAAUUCGCUGCUUUUCCUGCGGCAAGGUCAUUGCAGACCUCUACGAGCGCUACGUCGAGCUCAUCGGCACAGUACAAGAGAACGGCGACACGGUCUCUGACGGCGACGCGAUGGACCAACUCGGCCUCAACAGAUACUGCUGCAGACGUAUGAUGCUCACACACGUCGAUCUGAUCGAGAAGCUGUUGCGAUACAAUCCGGCGGAGCGCGACGUUGUCAAGGAUCGACGAUAAAGGCACGAUAUGAGACUAGCGAAAGGAGGAAAAUGUGUUAUAGUAUUCCAGCGAAGGUGUUAUGGCGUUGAAAAAGGAGAAUACAAAAACGGAGCGAGCAACAUGCUCGCGCACAAGGGUGCUACAAAUCAGAUCUGUACGUCUAGAGCCGUCGCAACGAAUAGUCCCGGUGAUAAGACGGACGCCUUGCCGUACGCGGCGCACGGGCACUUGAAAGGCACAGUUUGCCCGAUAGCUCGCUGCCAGCGCUUGUGGCUCAUUGAUCAGGAACGAGCACUGGCGAGGUCUCAGUGGACUGGCAGUCGUCGAUCCUUUCGGAGAUAUUGACGACGGCGCAGAAGGAUCUCCAAACUUCAGCGUUCAAGACAUUGAGCGACUACCCAACAAUAAAAGCCACACGAAAACUAAACGCCAACUCCCUUAUGAGGUUGAGCUCGGCGCCGUAUGGCCACGAGCGAGCUUUAAUCCUUCAGCUUCCCGUCUAUGUCUGCUCCUCCAGC